AUGGAGCUAUCGAUAAGUCAAGAACGCCGCUUUCAUAGUAUUGCAAAUCUAAAAGAGAUAACAAAUCUAAUCUUUAAAGUACAUGUCAACAUGGUGCGAUAUAUCAUAGAUGGAGCCGCUUUCAACGACUAUACAACUAUGACGCCAAAUCAAAAUAACACCUCGAGUCUACUAUUUGAAUCUUAUAGUAGAUAA